ACAGUCGAUUUCGAUAAAUUGGGUUUAACUGAUAAUGAAAAUCCAUACGGUGUGAUAAGCCCCUUGUUAGCCCGAUCGAUGGGGAGUGGAAUUAUGGAUAUUCUUGGAUCAUAUAUAUCGACUUUUAUGAAACGUCGAAGGAGCAAGAGAGCGCCUCCAGAGCCUCCGCCAAAUGCUUCAAAAGCAUUUCAUGGAGGUGAAAGGGCACUACUCUAUAUUAUGGUUGAAGAUUUCUUAGAAAAUUUUGGUAUGAAUGGGAAGGCGUGCCUCCUACGAGCCAUUUGCGAGGUACAUGCUAAUCCCAUGCAUAAUUAUGGACUUUUGGGAGAAACACUGAAGUUAUUUUUCACAGCAAGUAAAUCUCCUUAUUCAAAAGUGUUACAAGAGUAUGUGGAUGCAGAAAAUGCAGGAAGUGGUAAAUCUGGGCCUGCAGAAUGUUGGCCUUACAUGAAGGACUGUCCCAAAUCUCUCUUUAAACCACGUCAUAACUACUACAACAAUGAUGAAAACAGUGAAAGUGAAACUAAAGUGGAAGAACAUCCCGAGAAAAGUCCAGAAGUUACCUUUGAACUUAAUAAGUUCAAUAAUAUGUGAUAGACUACUGUCAUACUUAAUCUAGAUACUGUGCGCUUUAACUAUAAAAUAUAAAUGUAAAUAAUUGUAAAUUCCUUUAUUUAUUUUAUUUAUUUCACAUAGACGACGCUUAA